UUCAGAAUCAUCGAUUGUUUUCCCCAAGAAAAACUAAUCGUACAUUUGACAUCUGUUAAUCGCUUCAUUUGAGACUUUGUAAAUAAAUAAUAUUGCUUAAAAUAACUGGAAAACAAUGGAGGAGGAUGCUAGUGCACUGGAUUCCAUGCUGCUUGAAGAAGAAACCUCCAUGCCUACGCCACUGGAUUCCAUGCUGCUUGAAGAAGAACCCUACAUGCCUCCGCCACGCAAAGGAAUAGAUAGAAUGAGACGCGCCGAAUUGAUCGCAGAAGUUCGUCACGAGCGCGUUAGAUGCCAGGCGAUGACGAAGCGGAAGGAUGAGAUAAAGGCCGCCCUGGUAACGGCCAACAGGCUGGUGGUGGACACCAAACGGCAAUUGAGGGAGCAGCAGAGUCUUGUCCAGCUGACCAUAACGCAGAAUGACGAACUGACGCAGGAGAGGGACGCGCUGCUGCAGCAGCUUCAACAGGAGGUUGCCAAGAACGAAGCACUGCGUCAACAAGCGCUGGAACAAGAUAUUUCCAAGGAUGCCAUCGUUAGUUGCAUCCUACAGGAGCAAGUCGAGCAAAUGUCCUCUUUCAAUGAUACCAUCAGAAAGUUUGACAAGGUGGCCACUGACCUAGAGCAGAUUCGGGAGAGUAAUAAUUGUCCCAUUUGCAUUUCACCUUGGACGGCGGAGGGAGUCCACCGGAUCGUUUCUCUAAAGUGCGGCCAUCUGUUCGGGGAAAGCUGCGUCCGCAUGCACCUGGGUUGCUCGGCUGAUUGCCCCUGUUGCAAGCAAAGCGCGCAGGUCAAGGAUCUGCGCUACCUCUUUGGCAUCCCAGUCCUUUACGCAGCUCCAUCUCAAAACCUACAGAAUGGUGCUGCGGAAGGGGAAGUACCCAAUGAGCGCUGACUUUAUUGGCAAUUGCAGAACAAACACCUAUUUUGUAAACCAUUUAAAGUUCAAAUGCACAUUUUUAUACGAAAGACCACUAUCAGCAGACUGGGGUUUGUGCGGCCUGCCAUCGAGACACAGUGUGUUAUUUAUUUUGCCCAUCGAGCAGUCAAUACAGUUCGGAAUAUUCAGGACCAUUUUUCACACAUGCACCCAAGACGUUGAAAUUGAUGAGUAAUUCUCACAGCCCCAGGCGUUUGUGUUGGAAAAUAAAUGGAAUAAUCAAUUUUCGGUUGUCGCUCUGGCCAAAAGCGUGUCAAUGUUUUCACCAUUUCUUUACGUAUAUGCCGACUGAUUUAAAUAUAUUUAUGUGUUACACCACACCAUGAUUCUGAAUAGAGAGGCUACGUUUUUGGACCACGAACCGCAAGGACAGUGGCUGAAGUAAACUUUGUUUUUCGAAUUUGCGCCGGGGAAAUUGUAUAAAAAUGUGAUUCCCAAACAUUUCAUCGCAACGAAGGACGGGAAUUGGAAUAGGCGACCCAAAAGUAUAAUAAAUAAACUCGGUAGCAGUUCCUUGGAGCGUUCAUCAAAGCAAAAUUGAUAUCAAUCAUACGCACACAACCGCUCACACAAUGGUAUCUGCGUCUAUGUGAUGGCAAAUUGAAACAUUAUAUAAAAUACUAGCCUGGCCAGCCCACAAACUACCCACUCGGCAAAUUGGCCUUAAAAAUAAAACGCCAUCAACGACGAGGCCGACGAAAGAAAAACGUAUCAAAUUUAAAGGAAUUUCCAAGUUAUUUGUAGCCGAAGCCCGUUCGUUGCGCAAGGGAACUGAAAAAAGAACGAAUACACUUUGUGGAUUUUUCUUUUCGACUUCAACUUUAAAGCUGAAGAAGCAAAACAAAGGCAGCAAACUGAAAACAAAGCCGCCGCGGCCAGGCGUGACAUUGCUGGAAAUGUAUGCGGCGGAAAAUGAAGUCAUUACUCCAAGAUCCCGGAACCUUGGCUCUGCCGUUUACCCUUUUCGGUAAACCCUAGUUUUUCCCGGGCUUUCCGCAUUCCCCAACGUGUCAACGGCAGUCGUGCGACGCCAUCUCCGUGCCACAGCCACGCAUCGCAUCCUUUGGAUGUCCUGCUCCUCUGACGAUGACUACACCCAACCACUGUGUCGCACAAUAAAAGAAGCAAUAAGGAACACAAGUAACGAUGGUAGAAGAACGCAAGUAGACACUUGAAUACCCUGCCUGAUAGUAUACAAAUUGUUAUUGUUAGUUUUUAUGUUAGUUUCGUUAGUUUAGUGGAUACUACCAGUUAUUU